AUGGGUGUUCCGUCCUUCUUCAGAUGGCUUUCUCGAAAGUACCCAAAGAUCAUCUCGCCAGUACUAGAAGAUACGCCCCAAAUCGUUGAUGGAGUAGCCCUGCCGAUAGACUAUGCGGGAGUGAACCCCAAUGGAGAACUGGAAAAUCUAUACCUGGACAUGAAUGGUAUCGUACACCCCUGUUCACAUCCAGAAAAUCGGCCACCUCCAGAAACUGAAGACGAGAUGCUUCUGGCAGUCUUUGAGUACACUAACCGUGUUCUCAACAUGGCGAGACCACGAAAGGUGUUGGUGAUUGCUGUAGAUGGUGUCGCCCCGCGGGCAAAGAUGAAUCAGCAACGUGCACGUAGAUUCAGGAGUGCUAGAGAUGCAGAGAUCCAAAAUGAUGAGCGCGAAAGAGUGCUCUUGGAGCGCGAAGACAUGGGUGAAAUUAUCGACGAGAGCAUCAGAAACAAGAAAACCUGGGAUAGUAAUGCCAUCACACCUGGAACACCAUUCAUGGAUAAGUUAGCAGCGGCUCUCCGGUAUUGGACCAGCUUCAAGCUUGCUACAGAUCCUGGCUGGAAGAACUUACAGGUUAUCAUCAGUGAUGCCACAGUUCCCGGAGAAGGUGAACAUAAGAUCAUGAACUUCAUUAGAUCCCAAAGGUCUGAUCCUCAGUAUAAUCCAAAUACGUCACAUUGCAUCUAUGGUUUGGAUGCUGACCUGAUCUUCUUGGGUUUAGCCACCCACGAACCUCAUUUUAAAAUCCUCCGGGAAGAUGUUUUUGCACAAGAUAAUCGUAGGAGACAGCGAGUCCAGGAUGCUAUCAACAUGACGGAAGAAGAGAAGCAAAGCCUUGCACUCCAAGAAUCGGAGAAACCUUUCUUAUGGCUACACGUCGGCGUUCUAAGAGAAUACCUGUCCGUCGAGCUUUUCGUACCUCGCCUAUCAUUCGAAUUCGAUACUGAAAGAGCUAUCGAUGAUUGGGUGUUCAUGUGUUUCUUCUGUGGUAAUGAUUUCCUGCCACACCUUCCCUCGUUGGAUGUAAGAGAAAACAGCAUCGACAUACUGGUUGAAAUUUGGAAAACAAUUUUACCUCGACUCAAAACGUAUAUGACUUGCGAUGGUGUAUUGAAUCUAGAAUCUGUAGAACUACUAUUGGAGCAACUAGGAAACCGCGAGCCAGAAAUGUUUAAGGGAAGAUACUUACAAGAAAUCAGGAAACAAGAAGCUGUAAAAAGACGUAAGAUGCUUAAGAGUAAUAAUAAUGUAACCCAAGGAAGGACUGAUAGAAAUUUUACCGUGCCAUUAGAAAAUAUGCCAGUUUAUGACGUUUCCGGAAAAGCUGCCGACGGUUCGUUAAAUUUAUCGAAUAAAGAUUUUGUCAAACUUAGAAAAGAGAUGAACUUGGCUAACGAAGGUGACAAACAAUCUUCAGCUGCGCUCAAAAUUCAAAGUGAGCAAAACAAGGGUCCCGAGAAAGAGUAUUCAAGUGAAGAAGUUUCCAGUGCCGUGGAAGUAGCAAACAAAGCGAACUUUUCUGCGGCAGCCAUGAUGAAGCAAAAGCUUAUGUCUAGACCCGAGCGCGAAGAAAAUCAGGACGUUGAUGAAACUAAAGCGGAAAUUGAAGACGAUUCAUCCAUCGCUGAUUCGGUGACCUCUAACAAAAGAAAGAUAGGUGACAUAGACAACGAGACCUCCGAAACCCCCAGCGUUGCGGGCGAGGACUCAGAGACACCGACGAGCUUUCAAGUCAUCCAUACUGGACUAGUCAAGAGUGGUGUUAUCGACACAGAUGAAGAGGUUAAAUUAUUUGAACCUGGGUAUCAUGACAGAUAUUACACUGCCAAAUUUCACAUCAACGAGCGUGACAUUGAUUCGCUACGCAAAGAUGUUGUAAAGUGUUACGUGGAAGGUGUUUCAUGGGUUUUGCUUUAUUAUUAUCAAGGGUGCGCUUCAUGGGAUUGGUAUUAUCCUUACCAUUACGCACCAUUUGCAUCUGAUUUCAAAAACAUUAAUACUCUGAAGAUUGGAUUCGAGAAAGGCGAACCAUUUUUACCAUUUGAACAAUUGAUGAGUGUGCUACCUGCUGCAUCGGGUCAUAACUUACCCGAGAUAUUUCGUUCCUUAAUGAAAGAACCAAAUUCAGAAAUUAUUGACUUUUACCCGCAAGAGUUCCCCGUCGAUAUGAACGGCAAGAAAAUGUCCUGGCAAGGAAUUGCACUUCUUCCGUUUAUUGACGAGAAGAGACUGCUGAGAGUAGUUCGCCAGCAGUAUGAACAUCUUAGUGAAAGCGAGAAAUCCCGUAAUGUUCGCAAACAAGAAGUUCUUUUGAUAAGCAACAAAAAUGCAAAUUAUGAUAAGUUCAGUAGCAAACUGUAUGGAGGUUCACCGGUUGAGGUUGUAACAUUUCAACAUUUCAAGAGUGGGUUAGCAGGUCAAGCAUGGGUUGAUAAAGAAGGGUUCGCGCUGAACAGUAAGAUGACGAGUCCAGUUAUUGGAGGUGGAUUACCUGACAUCAGUACCAACCUUUUCCUGAAAGUUGGCUACAAGAUGCCUGAGCUCCCAGGCCCUAGCAAAUCGGUCUUGUUGAAUGGGUUCAUACCACCGCAAGCGAUGCUAACACCACAGGACCGUGAUGCUAUAACAUAUCGUUACAAUCACAGAUGGAAUGCGACGGAUAUGAAGCAUAAUAUCGUGCCUGUAGGACCAUGCACUACAACGCAAUACCAACCUCGCGCUGGUGGCUACAAAUCGUUUUUAUUCUAUCAACAAUCACACAGCGCUCCAUAUGUGGGAACGAGCAAUGUUAACUCAUUCCAGCAACGAAACCAGGGGUCCAGAUAUGACAGUGCUGGUGGAGGUCAGUAUAGACCCCAUAACAAGCUGCAAGGUCCCAGCCAGAACGGUGGGUCCGUUAACAAACCUCGGUUUUCACGGUAUUCCGGCUCUGCGCCGCCACAAGCAAAACCUCGAGGAGAGUGGAGAAGGUAA